ACAUAACAUCACAUGAUCAGGGUGUUUCGUGGUAAUACCAGGUGACGCAUGAUGAGGUUUCUUCCAGUUACCAACAUGGCGGUGUGUAUUGCUGUCAUCGCAAAAGAGAAUUAUCCUCUGUACAUCCGGAGCAUCCCCACGGAGAAUGAGCUGAAGUUCCACUACACUGUGCACACCUCCCUGGAUGUGGUGGAGGAGAAGAUCUCGGCUGUGGGGAAGGCGCUUGUGGACCAAAGGGAGCUCUACCUGGGGCUGCUCUAUCCAACCGAAGAUUACAAAGUAUAUGGUUAUGUCACUAACUCCAAAGUAAAGUUUGUGAUUGUAGUGGACUCCUCAAACACAGCGCUCCGAGACAAUGAGAUACGCAGUAUGUUCCGAAAGCUUCAUAACUCAUAUACGGAUGUGAUGUGUAACCCCUUCUAUAACCCUGGCGAUCCCAUUCAAUCAAAGGCAUUUGAUAACAUGGUUUCAGCCAUGAUGGUGCAAGUAUGCUGAUAAAAUGAUCUCCAACUUCCAUUAUUUCCUCUAAUCUUCAUAACGGCUGAUUUGUACAUAACCUAAUUUAAUUAUGCUUCAUUAAUGUUUUAUGUAUAGUCUAUUUGUCUAUUGUGUGUAGUCUCAAAUAAAAUAAACCAACUUUA